CAGAAGGACAGAACCCUUGUAGCCUUCCAGCAGUUUUGGCCAUCACAGCAUCAAACUAUUGAGCUCUAACUUCCUGGAAGAAGAGCCACGGUCUGGUUUCAGCAGACCCUGUUCUGACCGGCAGAGGCUGCCAGGAGUUUACUGAAAGCCCUCCAGCUGAGUACACAGCCCCCGGGGAGCAGGAAUGGGCAGAGGGGCAGCUGAACCCCAGCCAGCGCUGCUGGGAAGAAGACGGAGGAGAGAGCACAGGGGCGUCCAGCACGUCUGCCACUAACAGGGGGGAGCCCGGCAGCUGGCUUGCAGCUGUUUCUUAGCUCCAAGGAGCCUCGCCUCUGGAAUGAUCCUUUGCAGUGGCUUGGGCAACCCGGGCCAAGGAGCUUGCAGCCUCAGAGGUGGUGAGGCUUCAGUGGAGAAGGACAGGGCAAGUUCUGAGGUAGCAUGGAACGUCGUCACCCUCCACUGAGUGUCCUUGAAAGCUUGUCAGCCUGCUGAGGUUGGGGGUUUUUUCCCUCUGUCCUCUAAGAAUCAAGGUCCUGGUCCUCCCCUCUUCUUGCCCAAGUGACCUCGGGGCCACCUCUCUGGUUCCUGACGCCUCUUUGUGCCCUUCUCCACACACCCCAUCCCACUUGGGGAGCUUCUGUUCUGGUUGGAAUCCUUGGUUUCCCCAGGGGGACAGAGCAAGCUCCCCUACAGCAGGGGAGGGAGGGACAGCCUCAGAGUCUGCCCAUGAGCCACAAGGACCCCGGCUGCCCCAGACUGGACUAUUCCAAAUCACCAAAGAGGAGGUUUCCCAGAGCUGGUCCCCAGCAAUCCCGAGGGACUAGAGGGCUAGGAUGGACUGACCUCCCCCUCAGUGGGGGGGCUGGAGACGCACAGCCCCUGUGGCCCAGCUAGUGGCAGGUCCGGAGGAAGCUGCCACCAGAGUCUCAGUGGCAGGAAGCCACAAUUGCCUGAUUUGUUUUCUCUCACCUCUGAGGGAGAGAAGGGGGUUUCCCCCCCGUUGGCCUCUCCCUUCCUUAUCGCGGCUUGGGCCUCUAUGCUCUUUCUUUGUGGAGCCAGACCAGGUGGGCAGCGCUGGGGCCAGCUGGUGAGGGAGGGACCCCGGUGACCCCCGCCCCCACAGGGGGUCCCGCACCCCUCGGCCAAGCCAUGAAGUGCUCCCUGCGUUUCUGGUUUCUCUCCACGGCCUUCCUACUGGUCUUUGUCAUGUCGCUCCUCUUCACCUACUCCCACCACAGCAUGGCCACCCUGCCCUACCUGGACUCCGGAGGCCUGAGCAGCACGCACCGGGUAAAGCUGGUGCCGAGCUACGCCGGCCUGCAGCGGCUCAACAAGGGGGGUCUCCUGAGUAAGAGCUGUGCCUGUCGUCGCUGCAUGGGGGACACGGGGGCCUCCGACUGGUUUGACAGUCACUAUGAUGGCAACAUUUCCCCUGUCUGGACCAAAGAGAACAUGGAUCUCCCCUUAGAUGUCCAGCGGUGGUGGAUGAUGCUGCAACCCCAGUUCAAGUCACACAACACCAAUGAGGUGCUGGAGAAGCUGUUCCAGAUUGUGCCAGGGGAGAACCCCUACCGCUUCCGGGACCCCCACAAGUGCCGGCGCUGUGCCGUAGUUGGAAACUCAGGCAAUCUGCGUGGCUCUGGCUAUGGGAGGGAUGUAGAUGGACACAACUUUAUCAUGAGGAUGAACCAAGCCCCAACAGUGGGCUUUGAACAAGAUGUUGGCAGCCGGACCACCCAUCACUUCAUGUACCCAGAGAGUGCCAAGAACCUGCCUGCCAAUGUCAGCUUUGUGUUGGUCCCCUUCAAGGCCCUGGACUUGCUGUGGAUCGCCAGUGCCUUGUCCACAGGACAGAUCCGAUUCACCUAUGCUCCUGUGAAGUCCUUUCUCCGAGUGGACAAGGAAAAGGUCCAGAUCUACAACCCAGCCUUCUUCAAGUAUAUUCACGACAGGUGGACAGAGCAUCACGGGCGCUACCCUUCCACAGGCAUGCUGGUGCUCUUCUUCGCUUUACACGUGUGUGAUGAGGUGAACGUUUACGGGUUUGGGGCGGACAGUCGAGGCAAUUGGCACCAUUACUGGGAGAAUAACCGCUACGCUGGCGAGUUCCGGAAGACGGGGGUACACGAUGCGGACUUUGAAGCCCACAUCAUUGACAUGCUGGCCAAGGCCAGCAAGAUUGAAGUCUAUCGGGGCAACUGAGCCCUGACCACCCAACUGUACCUUUCUGCUGCUGUGGCCAGAGGCGUAAGGGACCCACAGCUCUUCCUCUAGCUGGAGCCUGGAGGCCACUCACAAGGCACCUGCUUUGUUCCAGGAGUGUUGAAGUUCCCCAGUCAAUCAUGAGAGACUCCACUUGGAGUCUCCAAAACCAAUCAGGAGCAUCAGUCUUCCCCCCCCCCCCAAUUAUGAGAAGUCUGGAGAAAGGCCGACAUCUGGCCCCAAUCACAGGGUGACGGAGUGGAGGCUUUUGUUUUCCAAACCAAUCACGAAGGACUCACGGAGGUGAGUCCAGUGCCUGUGACCCAGGGGCUCUGGCAGAGGCGAGUGACCUUCAGAGUCAAGCCAGUGGCUACUUUCCCCUCCCACAUUUUUGGAUUAGGGGUAUUUUUUGUGUGUGGAAUUACUAUUAUUAUUUUAAAUUUAAGGCAAACCAGUUGGUUUCAACAAUCAUCAUGGUGGAAGCCGCAGUGGGCCAUAUUCAAGACAUACCAGAGACUGGAGAGGAAGAGAGUUGAGCGGGUUAAGUCCCCCAGAAGCAGAAAGCUGCAUCCCUAUUUCUGGAGGCCCUUCCUAAUCAGAGAGGAAGAAGGCUGGGGGAGCCCUUCCUAACGCACCCAACCAAGAGUGCAUUGGAAAAGGGCACUUCUCCCAUUUGCUGUCCUCCUCUUCUGGCCAGUCAUCCUCUGGCCUGUUUGGAAAGGAAGGGAGGGGGAUCACACCAAGGCUUUGCACGGUCUCUAAGACAUAAUCAGAUUGUUUAGGGAAAGAUGGUACACUGGCCUCUUGCGUUUGUGGGUAGCUUUGACCAAGAAGUCAAGGAGAAGCCCUUCCACAGCUCUUUAGGCACAGUUGAUCCAGGAUAUUUCCAUUAUUUCCUCAGGGCUGGAGGGUAGAGUAGACCCCGCUGAAGCAAAAUGCAAUCAUAGUGGGAACCCCAAGCGGCUUUGGGUGCCCUCAUUCUGGCUGUCUCAUCUCAACCUCCUCACCCCUUGGAUUAGCACUUAACUGCCUCCCUAUGGGAGAAUCUUAGCUGGAGCUCCCAACUUCUCACUUGGGAAGUCGGCCCCUCCCUGGGGGUGGGGAUGGAGAGAUCCUAGAGCAGGGGGUGCAAGGAUUAUGGCCCUGGGCAUUGGGGGAAGCCCAGGCAUCUCAAAUCCAACAGGCCUUCAAUCCACAAUCACUCCAGCCUCUCCUGUCCCUUUUCUUGGCCCGUGGCCCUCACUCUUCUGUGUACUCUGCUGUAAGGGGAGGACCAAGGCAAAGAAAUCCCCCUGGGAUCCAACCCUACUGUUUGUGCACUACUCAGACCAGCUUUGGGGAGCGACUCUUCCAGAAAGUUCUAGCUAAGGGGCUCUAACAAUUCACCAGCUUGGUGCAUGCAUUACUGCCCUCCUCCCCCCCAUGCCAGGUAGGUGCAGGGAGCCUGCUGGCUGGGGGGGUGGUGUGGGAUCUGCUUCCUUUUCACCAAGUAGCUAACCUGAAGCUGCCAGCCUUGGCUUGGGCACCAAAAGGGGAGGGAGUGCUUUGGUUUUUUUUUUUUGUUUUGUUUUAAGCUAGCCAUGCAACUUAGCCAGGAGCUUUGCUGGGGAGGGGUGGGCCUGCCCCCACUGCAUGCCUCCUCCCCUUCAUCCCUUCACUUUGGGUCUCUACCCACCCCCUGCCCGUUUCAGCUCUGGAAGGGGCAGCCAACGGUUACAUUUUGACUCUCUGCUUGGCUGCCUUAACUCAGCUAUGUCCCCAAGGGAAGACCUUGGUCGGAUGCUAGCGCUUCAGAGUCAGGGGAUCUUGGGAAGGGAGAGAGCAAAGGCUUCUGUGAAGCCGCCCCACUUCCUCCCUCAGCACUGACAGUCUCCACAAUUCCUCCUGGGCAGACACCCACACUCACACUCCUGCACUCACAGCCUCUUUUAGGACAACAGGUCCCUUCCAGGAGGGCUGAGAAAACCCUGACCUGAUGGGGCUGGGCAGUGUGGGCCUCUCUCCCAGUCAGUCCCAAGGGAAGGGGAGUAGGAAUGAGAUGGCUGGGACGGGGCAGGUUUUGCUGCCCUGCCUUUAGUAACAAGGCCUCCUCCACCAGUCCCAGAGUGACACAGGGGGCCUGCUAGUCCCAUCCUAAAGCUUAGGGAAGAGGCUGUUUUGAGUGUUUAGAAGAUGGGGGUGGGGUGGGAAAUGCAGUCAUGCCAAACAGUAUUGAACGAAGUAAUUUAUUUCUUUUAUAUCAUCAUGGAAUCCUGUUCUGGGAGACGUGGGUCUUGUGAGCUGGCCCACCUCUCCUUUUCUGCAAUAGUUAUUUAAAUGAAUACUUCUUUCUUUCUUGCCUCUUUAUUAAUUAAAAAGUUUUUAAAAAGUCA